AUGAGGGCAAGAGGAAUAAUUUUGACAGUUUUAGUAAAUCCAACUACAGGUAGUUGGUCAAAAAUAUCGAGACAAAACAACUUAAGCUAGCAACAUGCGAUUCAGCCGCCAUUGUUUUGGUUUUCAAGGUUGGCGCUUUUCUCUACUAGUGGGCUAUAACACCUAGCCUAGUAGUAGCUCAACCAAUCAGAGUGCAGUAUUGAUAAUAAACGACUAGUUGGAUUUUACUAAUAAUGGUUAUUGGACUGAGUGGAGUCCAAUUCAGUCUGAAAUAAUGUGAGUGAUUAACAAAAUUGGGCGAACGCGUCGCAGGAGUCCAUUUUGUUAAUCACUAGUAUGAUUUCAGAGUGAAUUGGAUGACACGAAGUUCUGUUACCAAUUAAUCGUAACUAUAACAAAAUUUGUGAUGUUUUAGGCUUUUUUCUGAUUAAAACACAAGAAAUUCUGAGAGGUUUUUUGCUAGCAGUGAAAAAAUCCAUUUACGUGUGCGCGAGUGAUGGCACAUACCGUCCAAUUACAUGACAUAUACUGUCCUAUUACACCGUCCUAUUAGUGCUGAAAUCAGGACAGUUGAUAGCCAAUCAGAUUUGAGAAUUUUGUUAUACAGAGUUAUGAUUAUUAGAAAAACUUGAUACAACUUACCGAGGAUAAUCUACACAAUCCAGAUUAUUAUGAUUCUAUCUCAGCACAAAAGGCAAGAGCAAGACGUAUACGAACAUAAAGCAUCUUUCUGCUUUACAUACAUAUAAUACAUGUCUUAUUUACAAAUGUUAAUCAUAAUUUCUGAAUUCAAAAUGAAAUGAAUUAAGGUCAUCAGAAAAGGUCGUCUGUAGUGUUUCAGGACACCAGAAGACACUAAGUCUAUCACACAGUUAGAAAAAAAGUCAACAUGGUUUCUUUACUCCAUCUUCACCGCUUAACUUACAAUUCCUGAAUGCCAGUACCCGGCACACCACAUCUCCAAUUUUAAAUUAAGUAGGGUAGCAAAAUGAAUGGAUAUAUUUCUCGAAAGGACAGAAUUUGUAAUCAUAGAUGGCAAACUCCUACCCAAAAUGACUUCUUAGAAAUUUCAUUGAAUAAACAGGUGAGUCAGACAGGUCUGUUCAUAGUAGAGCUGACUCCUUUGAUUCUAUUUUCUUGUGACCAUCUCUCAUUUGCUGAAUCAUUUACUCUAGUAUUGGCAAUUUGGGUUAUCGCUUAUGGGAGUCUAAACUGUAGUAUUUAGUAUAGUGUAUAGUGUAGUGAAGUAUUUAGAUUAUACGUAUCAAUUUUUCUUGAGACGACAAAUAUGUAUGAAUUAUCUGAUUUACAUGUACUUAGCAUCAAGAUUAUAUGAUAAACAGCUAUCCAACUUACUUAUCAUAUACCCUAUUUCCGGAAAAUGUGUACUUGUUUUGUUAAAAUGUGACAUUACUUCUUAUAGAACAGCCUGCAUUCACCACACAUCCUAAAAAUCCUGAGAUAUUCAGGGAAGGGGGAAGUAUAACCUUUUCAAGUGAUGCAAAUGGCAUUCCUGAACCAACAUUUUCUUGGACCAAAGACGGGUCUGAG